ACUUAUCGAUUGUUUUACUGGUUAAUUUUAAACUGUAUUAUCGCAAAUCCCCUUAACCAUCAAUAACUACAAACACAUAGCUGAGCCAAUAAGAUAGUUGAACUGAAACUUCUAACUCACACAAAACAGUAUUAAUUCCAACAUUCGAAUUUCAUAGGAGCGCGCCAGCCCACUUCCGAGCCAACUGCCAACAAAUAACGUUUUGUUUCCAAAACGUCACCCGUUCUCACCUACUGUGUCAUAAACAAAUCAAACAUGGCGGGCCUAAUGACAAUGAGACAUUAGCGAGCUACAAAAUGCCUCCGCGUUUGCGAAUAAUUAAAUCGUAAAGCCCCUCUCCGCCUACGGCACCAGUCUAUUUACUCCUUUUUCAUUCAACACAAUAGCUGCUGCAAUCCGACACUCUCAACUCUAUUACGUCAGUUUAUUAUUCAUAAACCCAAGCGAAUAUAUACUCUAUUUUGUUUCAGAUAGAACUCAAAAGAUAUUGCACAUUUACUAUUUUAUAAGGCGUAUUCCACAGAGAGUAUUAAUUUGAGCGCGACGGGCCCCGCCUACUCAAUAUCACAUUUACACACAUGUUGGCUCGUAUCGUUGUCCCGCUCUCGCCGCGCCGCUUAUUAAAAUUCCUCGGUGUAUAAUACCGUCUCUCUCGCUCGGUACAGAGAAGUCGGCACUCGCCCCAAUGCUGGCGCGAUUUUCACCGCGCUUCCACGCGAUUUGCGCGAGUCCGUACAAAUUGGAAACUAAAUAUCCGAUUGCUCAAUCCGAUAGUUGACGCGAUUUGUGCGAUUGUGACUGUGACUCAAAGUGAAGUUUGACUCUGAGUGUAAAUCAAUUAACAGUCUAUAGUGCAUUUUUUUCCAAUGCUCUAAAUUUGACAGCUGGAAAUUUUGCAACAACUGAAAAACGCCGACGGUCGGACGUUUUUCCGGAAACCGAAUAAGAAUCUUAGUUACCUCAAUUAGAAUCUUAACUGAUCUGACGUUUUAACGGUAACAUUUGCAAAAUUUUAAGUAAAGAUGGCGUAUUGACAUCUGAAAUGCUGAGUAGAUGAAAUGAAGACCUCGCUCGAAUGCGAGCGGUCAGAGGCCGCGGACAGCGGCGGGAAGGGCCGGAUAUCCUUCAGCGUGGACUCGCUGCUGGGCAGCAAGGAGCCCUCGAAGGACCAGGAGCACAGCAACGAUGAGAGCAACACGCUCGAGACGGACGACAGCGACGUGGACAUCGAGGACGUCGACUCAAACGCGGGGGAUGAGAGAGAGGAGGAACGAGAGGAGAGUGGGAAUGGAGAGGAGACGGAGAGGAGUGGAGUGGUGGUGCCGCAGCCAAUGCUGCCCCGGCUGUACCAGGGUCCGCCGCCGACGUGGCCGUUUGGAGCGUUCCCCUGGAUGGCUCCUAACCCUAUGUUCCGGACUGGAUCACCCAAUGGUCCUCCCAGCGGCCCUCCCGUCGUGCGCUGCCAGCUUCGGAAACACAAACCCAAUCGCAAACCAAGAACACCCUUCACCACGCAGCAACUCCUCGCGCUGGAGAAGAAAUUCAGAGAUAAACAGUACCUGAGCAUCGCUGAGCGUGCUGAGUUCUCGUCGUCGCUGAGGCUUACUGAGACGCAAGUCAAAAUCUGGUUCCAAAAUCGGCGCGCAAAAGCGAAAAGGCUCCAAGAAGCUGAAAUCGAAAAACUACGUCUAUCGGCGCGGCCACUGCUGCCUCCAUCAUUCGCGCUGUUUGGGGGCGGCGGGGCGCCCCCGCUCUUCGCCGCCAUGGCUGCCGCGACGCGCCCCCAACUCAGCUUCCUUGGAGGACCCCCUACACACCAACACGCCAUCAACAUGAACAUAUUGAACUCUCUACAGCCCCAUUGACGUUUGGAACACGCGGGUACGCGUGAAACGUCAAACGAGCAGCCGCCAUCUUAAAAUCAGUGUUCAAAUUUCGUUGUCUGUGAUUCAAAACUUUUUCUAACAGCGGCGGUAACAAGUAUACUGAACGAACUUUAAAUCAGUAAGUGCAAUUUUAUAAGUUAAAUUCAGUAGUUAAUUUAUUAUAAAAGUAGUUGUUAAUUGUGUAAAUAUAGACUUAAAGGAACGUUACGGCAAUAGACAUUUAUGAGACAGUUUAUGAGCGAAAUAUCGCUUUCAUGAAUGUUUGUUAGUAUUAAAACCUAAAAGAAAUAGUUACUUUUUCAUUGACGACAUUAAAUGCCUAUAAAACGCAUUUAUACUUUUAUUCCAUGUGAAAUGUUAAGCAGAAAUUUUCUGAAAAGUACUUAAGUAAUUGCGAAUUACACUUAAUUUUACGAUUUCUGUACUCUCACACUAAACUCUGCUUUUAGUUUCUAUACCUAAAUUAACUUUAAUGUAAUGUUAGACACGCCACCUGUUUUCUAUUUUUUAAUCUAAAAAUGUAUCAAAGGUAAAGGUACCUAUUCUUAUCAGAAUUUUCCAAUGUUAGUUGAUUUACAUCAUAUCGUUGGGAGGAAUAUGUUGUGCCUAUUUCAUAGACUUUGUUUUCGGUAAAACUAACUAGGUCACCGAAAUGAUCAAUAUUUUUUUAGAUACGAGUACUAUCGAUUGCAUUCACAAUAUUUUCAGUUGUCGCAGCCAAAAUGUGGAUGUAAUAUUUAAGAUAUACAUUCCAAAUGUAUGUACACCCAGUUGCAAAAACGCAUAACAACUUUAUGAAUGAUUUCCAUUCGAAAUUGCGUAUGCACUGUUACUACUUAUAGUACCUAUUUUUUUUUAAUUUAGCGUAUGAAAACUAUAAAGCAAAGUUUAGUCUGGAUUAUUUUUCUUUCUUUCAACUCUUUGUAUAAAAUUUUAGAAAAAGGGAAUAUACACAGGAAUAUUUUAUUUCCUUGCAACAAACAUCGAUGAUUGUCUAAAAGGUCACCAUAGUCAUAACUAAAUUCGACAUUUUAAUAUCGUUACUGCAACUUAGCUGCAAAAUUAACAUUACCUUUCUUAUAAAUUUACUUUUAAAAUAUGAGACAUAAAUAUACACUAUAAAACUUAAAACCUAAAUCUAAAAAUAAAUAAUACUAAACUUAAAAUAAAAUACUAAAAAAUAUCCCCCUGCGGCAUGGUGCCGUAGAUACUGGCAGCAUUUCCUCGCUGUAUUGCAAGACUAAUUCUUUGAGCGAGGAAGCUGCCAGCUCUGCGGUCGCCGGUGACUUCUGCUAACCUUUUUGAAAGGUCCUUAAAGAGUUUAAGGGCACUUGGACCCCACGGGCCAAGGGUCUCGACGCCAAAAGGUAUGAAAUUGUAUUUGGCGCCGAGACCCCUAUAUUUGGUCAUUUUUAAAUAUUACUUGGCAUAAUUAAUAUUUCUAUACUUAUACAAUACACGUUGCGUUUUUAGCACAAUGGUAUGUAGGUAUUCGCAUUUAAGUUUGAACCCUAUUUAAACCAUUUUCUACGCAACCGUCGCCACAGGAAAUAAAUUCAAAACAGACCAAGAAAAUGUAAAUUCAUGUCCAAUUAAUUUUAAUCAAAAAUUGUGUAUAAAUCGUUAAGCUGUCGAAUUUAGUUAUACUCCGUUAUUCUAAUGAUGCAUUUAUGUCAAAUGUAAUUGUAAAUAUUGAUAUAUUUAACUUAUUGUAGAGAUAAGCUCACCCUAGUUAAGAUGUUAGAUUUUUUAACACAGUCCUAUUUAGUGCGUUAAUUGUGAGAAAAUUAAGCCAUAGUCAUUGUUUUAGAAUUGUACAUUUAUUUUGUCCUUAUGUGUUCCUAUUACAUUAACUCACUUUAGCUUCUUCUAAGGAUUUUAUUUCAUGACAUCCUUGUUCUCUAUAGCUUAAAAACUUUAAAAUUGCCCCUAGUUCAUGCACUGUCUGUAUAUAACAUUUUGACAUAAAUUUAAUAUAAAUUAAGUAAAUAACAGCAUAAAAGAGGGACACUUUUCUGGUUUUACCUUCUUGGACCGAGAAACAAAAGAAUAUUUUCCUUAAGUGCUAAUUACAUCCACACUUUAUCAGGCCUGAUAUUAGACCCGAUUUCAGACCGAAGUAAGAGUAUUUUCCGGUUCACCAAAUAUUAGCACAUCGCUUACAAUAUUUGAAAUAUAACAAAUGAUUCAUAUGCAAAUAUAUCAAGCAUUGAAUAUUUUUGGCAAUUAGAGACCAAGUAUUUUUUACAUAUCAAAUAUUGUUAACGAUGUCUUGAUAUUCCGUGGAACGGAAAACGAUUGUCCGGCCCGAAAUCGGGACUGAUUUCGGGCCCAAUAUCGGGAAGUGUGGAUGUAAUUGGCGCUUGACAUUUGUUAAAUAAAGUCCAUAUUUAUAACUUUGAUUGUAAACAUAAUCGAGAAUUGAAGACAAAGUUCCUAAGUAAUUACAAGAGUUGCUUUUGUUAGUAGAAUCAUGAUUCUAAGAAAACAAAUCAAAGUAAUUAGAUCCAAAUCUAUCAUAAAAUGUUUUUGCCCAAAUAACCUAACUUUCAAUACUUUCCUCAGCAAAACCUUCUUGGGUAUUUUUAGUACCUGGGUUGGUACUUUGUGGUAAUACGAAUUUUCAUUUGUUUCACGUGUCCUUAGCCCCUAGUGUAAAUUUAUUCGAAUUCGAAACGUGACGUACGCGUAUGCGUGAAGUCUCAUUUAGUAUGAGAUUUAGAAUCAGCGCGCCAAGCGGGACGUUUUCUAAACUCAAAAUCCCAUACAAAAUGAGGGUUAACGCAAACGCAUACGUCACUUUUCGCUGUCGUAUAAAUUUACACUAGGGGUACUGAUUCAUUUAUUCUAACUUUUAACAAUGUGGAAGCCUUCCCCUGCAAUGUAUACAUCUGUUAAAAUAAAUUUACGAUAAAAAAUAUACUUAAUUAUUAGUACAAAA